UUAUUAUUGGUGAUGAUGAUACUGUAUAUGCUGGAGGAGUUUUCAAACUGGAACUGGAAGUUCCAGAAAGAUACCCCUUUCAUCCACCAAAAGUCCGCUUCCUGACAAAGAUAUACCACCCAAACAUUGACUCGGCUGGAAGAAUCUGUCUUGACAUCCUCAAGUUACCUCCUUCUGGUGGAUGGAGACCUGCACACAACCUCUCCAGUAUCUUGACCUCAAUUCGCUUGCUUAUGGCUUCUCCCAACCCGAAUGAUCCACUUAUGACAGACAUUGCAGAAGAAUAUCAGUUCAAGAAAUCUCAGUAUGAAGCAACUGCCAAAGAAUGGACUGCUAAAUAUGCUAAAAGUGUGGAGGAUACUUCCAAGCCAGGUUGUGAAGAGCCCAAGACGUCAGAAAAAAGAACUAAUGAAUCAGAUGAGGAAAAUGCAGAAAAUAGCAAAAAGGCAAAGAAAUGAGAGAACAAAAGAUGAUGCUGAGGGAGGAUUUAUGGAUGAAUUCUUUGUUUUUAGAUGUCAAGAGGAAAGUGCACCAUGCAUGCUGCCACUUUUUAAAUUCUCUAUUAUGUUUUAGUCAUAUACUCAUAGUGCUGUCCUGUUAAAUUUGGUAUUUUAAGGUGAAUAUUAUGUUUUAUAUAGUAAUAUUCUAUAAUAAAUUCUAUUUUUUUCUUUCCAA